AUGCUCGUGUCUACCGUACGAUCACGGAAAUCCACACCAAUCACGGAUUUCCAGGUGAUCGUUCGUGUUCAGCGCGAGAAUUCCGGAUGCGGUGUCCAAAAUGUCAAUCUUAGGAUCAUGUCUUCCUUCGACGGGACAACAUCAAGAUGUUUUGUUACGUUGGACAAUUUUGAAGCGAAGCUUCCUGAAAUUUUAUUGGCGAUUCGAGAAGCGACUUUUAUUGCUGUGGAUACGGAAUUCACAGCCUUACGUUGUGAUAAAGCCAACCUUCCGAGUUUGUUCGACACGAUUGAAGAACGAUAUGAAAAAGCUCGUCAUGCUUUAAAAAAUGUUGCGAUCAUCCAACUGGGUGUCGCACUAUUCCAUAUGACUGAUCGGUACAAUUUCAGCGCGAAGUGCUACAACUUGCUGCUAUUUCCACGACAUUAUCCGGGAACUGCUCAUGAUCCGUCGAUCAGUCUUCAAGCAUCAUGUCGGAGGUUUCUCGUCCGGCACGGCUUUGAUUAUUCUUCGUGGGUUCAGAAGGGCAUUUCUUAUGCGAAUCGCGAGGAAGUGCGAAAGCUUGAGCUUGAACUUGGCUCUUGGGAUCGUCACGAGGCAGAUGCCGCGAUCCGUUACACUGCUGGAGCCAGUGUCGUCUUCGAUGAGCUGGUGGCAAGCAAGAAAACUUUGGUCGGACACAACUUGUUCAAUGAUCUCGUGCUUCUCCACGCCAGUUUUUACGAACCACUGCCGAAGAGUUUCUCGGAAUACAAACGCAAUAUACAGCGAAUGUUUCCGUCUGUGAUAGACACCAAGUAUGUUGCUUUCACCGUAGGCAGGAAGUUAUGGAAAACAACGCAGGCGGAUAUUUUCGACGACACUGGUCUGGAACUUCUUUAUGAGUCUUUGAAGCGGCAGCAACAUGUUCCCUUGAUCGCCGUUCCGAACGACGCAACAGCGAGAGCGCAUGAAGCCAGUUAUGACGCUUACAUGGCUGGCUGUGUAUUUUUAUUCGCUGCUAAUACAUACGCCGUCCACGUCUCCAAGUCGAAAGUUUCCGGAAAUUACUUAUCUUUUCAGGAAGCUAAACACGCCCUUAGAGAGAUGAUUAAUAAAGUGAACGUUAUCCGAGCCAGGAUCAAUACGAUGGAUCUAUCAAGCGACGAGGCUGUGAUCGGAAAUCGACCUGGAUUCCUGGUUGUAACGAGUAAAAGGGGUUCACUUGAUGCCACUACAUUGAACGACGUUUUAUCCAGAAUUGCGGGGGCUGAUUUGAGAGAUUUGGGUAGCGGGAAGGUUUUACUAGCGCCGAUUUCUGGGCGAGCUGAAAGAGUCAUCAGAGAGAAAUUUGCAGCGAAGGGUUCUGAGUACCGCGCAAGGAAGUUUCUAUUUUUUCGGGAUGAUCCGUUUUGGGAAUAUCUAUCGCUUCGAAGUGUUUAUUGUGUGAGUGUUUUCUUUCUCGGACGGAAAACCAGUUGCUUCAGGAAUUCUCAAAAGCAUGGGACGUGGUCUACGAUGGAAACAGAUCCCUUGAAAUUCGUGCAGCGUCAACAACCAAAGUCGCCGGAUUUGUUUUAUCAGUCGCUCGAGUCACCCAGUCACAAAAUGGUCAGAAGAGAAGGGAAUUCCGUAGUGAAGAAAGAUCGGAGGAAGUCGGAUGAGGAAAUGAUUGACGUGACACCCGGAGAAGGGGGCAUUGGGGAUGGAUCCGUGGACACAAGUUACACGAGUCACGCUGAUACGAGUGGGUCUUUGAAUGAAGACGAUUUUCCCCCGGGAGUAGCUCAGUGGAUCGUGAAGAAGAAAAGUGAUAGCGUUUGUGAUCUCUUGCGUGGUGCGCACGAUGCCUGGUCUGGUUGGGUUUGCGUGCUUCUCGUCGGUGUCGCCGCUGGCACUGUUGCGUCGGUUAUUGACAUUGGUGCGUCUUGGAUGGUCGAUCUGAGGGAAGGCAUUUGUCCGCAAGCCUUCUGGUUGAAUAAAGAACAAUGUUGCUGGGCGUCGAAUGAAACCUUCUUCGAUGACAUUGCGGGCACCAAGUGUCAAGAGUGGUAUGCUUGGCCACAAUUGUUGGGACUCUCCGAUGCUUACUCAGGGUUCGGCAUCUUUUUGGCAUACCUAUGUUACAUAUUCUAUUCGCUCUUCUUUGCGGCCCUUGCUGCCUUGCUCGUGCGCAUCUUUGCUCCAUAUGCGUGUGGAUCUGGUAUCCCUGAGAUUAAAACAAUCCUCAGUGGUUUCAUCAUCAGAGGCUACCUCGGGAAAUGGACACUUUUGAUCAAGAGCAUUUGUGUCAUGCUUUCGGUGUCAGCUGGUUUGUCUCUGGGCAAGGAAGGUCCGCUUGUCCACAUCGCUUGCUGCAUAGGCAAUAUCUUCUCCUACUUGUUUCCGAAAUACGGAAGGAAUGAAGCAAAAAAGCGAGAGAUUUUGUCAGCUGCGAGUGCCGCAGGAAUUAAAACAAUCCUCAGUGGUUUCAUCAUCAGAGGCUACCUCGGGAAAUGGACACUUUUGAUCAAGAGCAUUUGUGUCAUGCUUUCGGUGUCAGCUGGUUUGUCUCUGGGCAAGGAAGGUCCGCUUGUCCACAUCGCUUGCUGCAUAGGUACAUACUUCUUUCAAAGUCUCAGUGCUGAGAUUUUCUACCUAUUUUACUCGCACAGUCCUCUCAGAAAACAUGAAGUCAGCUAUUAUUUUCCGCUGAAAACUCUGUGGAGGAGUUUCUUCUGUGCUUUGGUGGCGGCUUUUAUUUUAUCUUCUAUUAAUCCCUUCGGAAAUGAGCACUCGGUGUUGUUUUACGUGGAGUACAAUAAGCCGUGGAUGUUCAUCGAAUUACUGCCGUUCAUAGGCCUCGGAAUUCUCGGAGGUGUCAUUGCUUCGGUGUUCAUUAAAGCGAAUAUCAGGUGGUGCAAAUUCAGGAAGGAGAGUAAACUUGGACAGUAUCCGGUUACUGAAGUGCUUGUGGUUGCCGGGGUUACUGCAGUGCUUGCGUACCCGAACCCCUACACUCGUAUGAGUACAUCGCAGUUGAUCUACGCGCUUUUUUCCCAAUGCGGCGUCACUGAUCAUCACGAACUCUGUGAUUACCAGAGGAACUUCACAAACAUCAACGAUAUCAUGAUGGCAGAGGCAGGGACUGGAGUGAGAAACGCUUUGUGGAAACUAGCACUCGCUCUGAUCUUCAAGCUAGUCAUUACGGUCUUCACUUUCGGCAUUAAAGUGCCCGCUGGGCUUUUCAUCCCGUCACUUUGCAUGGGUGCUAUUGUUGGACGCAUGACAGGGAUCGGAAUGGAACAGAUAGCUUUCAUGUACCCUAAGUCGUGGAUUUGGCAAGGAGAAUGUGAAAGUCAGUCGCAUUGCGUCACGCCGGGACUUUAUGCAAUGGUUGGAGCUGCUGCUGUUCUUGGAGGCGUUACGAGAAUGACGGUGUCCCUCGUUGUCAUAAUGUUCGAGCUAACCGGGGGUGUGAGAUACAUCGUGCCGCUAAUGGCGGCCGCCAUGGCUUCAAAAUGGGUCGCAGAUGCCCUCGGAAGAGAAGGCAUUUACGAUGCUCACAUUCUUCUCAAUGGAUACCCGUUUUUGGAUGCCAAAGAAGAGUACGCGCACACGACACGAGCUUCAGAGGUUAUGCAGCCACGGCAAGGGGAUCCGGUUGUGGUUUUGACGCAAGACUCCAUGUCGGUUGAUGAGGUGGAGCAUAUUCUGAAGAACACGGAUCAUAACGGAUUUCCGGUCGUUGUGUCCAAGGAGUCUCAGUACCUGGUGGGAUUCGUCGCCAGGAAAGACUUGAUUCUCGCGUUAGGAAAUGCGAGAAGAACAAUGGAAGGCGUUUGUGGGGAUUCAAAAGUGUUAUUCAGCUCAUCAGCAGAUGCGAGGUACAUGUCAGUCGACCCCAAUGGUCCUCCGUCAGUUCGCUUGCGAAGACUAGUAGAUUUGGCUCCCAACACCAUCACUGAUCACACGCCGAUGGAAACGGUUAUUGACAUGUUCAGGAAGUUGGGCAUCCGUCAAACCCUGGUCACUCAUAACGGGCGCUUACUCGGAGUCAUCACGAAGAAAGACGUCCUGAGGCACAUCAAACGGCUGGAGAAUGAUGAUUUCAUUGAAAGUGUACAUAUAAGAUGAAGGAACAAGCAUUAUUGGUUUUGAUCGCUUCCCGUGUCGUCCGCUCGGAAUCGUGGAUUCUGAAAUGUAAGCCGCAGUCCCUUCCGUGCGUUUUCCUCGCCAUGGUGUUUGAGAGAGAUCUGAAGGAGGAGAUGCCGGAACAAGAAUCGCGUCGAUGAUUUCUAGGAGAUUUCGUGGUAUUGUUUCGUUUGUUUUUCCUUGCUCAGUUUGUCCCACCUUGUGUAAUUGCUUGUGUUGUUCGGAGAAAUGGGUGGAUUCAUUCGCGUGCUUGCCAGGCCUAUUUCUUGAAGUUCAAAUGACUUGAAGAUGAGAAACUGAAAAUGCUUGAGAAUCAAAAACUGGAUUUUUCGCUAGAAACUCUUCCCGAGGUUGAAUGAGGUGACAGAUAGCAUCUGGUUAUUCUUUCUCAAAAGCCCAACCUUGCCAAUGAGCACGAAUCACCGAGAACUUCAAAAUUAUUUUUUCGGGUCGUCAUUCCCAGAAAGGAAUUCUUCCUUUACGUGUACAGUACAGUACUAGAUUCUAAAAUAUUUCCAUAGAAACGAGACAUCAUUAUUUUCCGACUUCUUGAGAAUUAACUCUUCGGAAAUGGUCCUUGAUAAUUUUUCUGAAAAUAUGCCGAUGAAAAAUAACUUCCGUAGCGUGGAGAAAGAAAAUUAAUUUUAUUCCUAAUAUGCUGUAUUACUGUACUUCACUUACAUUCCUUUUCAAGCCGGUUUUCCUCGAAAAAUUUCACGAAGCUCUACCUUUUAACUCGGAAAAUAUCCAUGUCACAUUCGAAUCCCACUUCAUGGAUUUUAUGGUUAUUUUCGUCUGGAUUCGAGGCUCAUACUCAUGAUAGUAUUUUGUAGAAAAUCGAACAAAGUGCCAUUCAUUUACGUGAUUUCCGUGCGAGCUUCAAAGCAUUAUAGAAUCAUGCGCUAUGCAGUAAGACGGAAUAAUUUUAUGAAUGAAUUUAUCGACUGUUAUGAAAAUAUUUUGUUCUCGUGGAUUUUGUGGGUGGUGCAAUAUGUAGAAGUGUCACUAUAAAUUUUUCAAGAUACUCAGUGUCUCAAGACUUCUUUCCAAAAAAAUGUAUGAAAAUUACAUGCGCGAGCAUAUCUUCAUUGUUGGGUCACGAUUCCGUGCAGCAAGACAGGAGAGUCAAUUUUAAAUUUUAAAUCUGUAUGAUCGUGAUCUUUGUAAUUUAAUGCCUAAAGAAUUGAACAGGUCUUUCUCCGUUGAGCUCUUGGAAGUGAGACUGGCAAUCCCGCUGUGGAUCGAUCUGGUGCUCUUCAGCUUGUAUAAGAUACUGUUAUAUUUUUCCUGAAUCCAUGUUUUUCUCGGAAUCAGUGACCGAGAGUUUUCUUUUUAUUUUUCGGUGUUGGAUCAUUUGUUAUUCGACUCAUUGGAUCGGAAAAGUUGCUAUUUUUAUUUCGUGGAAGGAAUUCGGUGCCCUGUGUUAGUUUCGUUAUGCUCACCCGGCUGUUCUUAACGACGCAUUCCCGCCGUUUGGGAACGGUCGAGUGGCUCGUAAUUUUGUGGAAUCGAUGUAAAAUGUGAGUCCGGCGAAAGUUUAUCGGGUCUGAAUGAGAAGAAUUUGCGUCAUUGUUGCAUUCGGUAGAGAGUUCACUUUUUUGGCCGGGAUUUCUGAUUCAUCAAGGAUGUUACAUGCUUUUUACUCUCCGUGCUUUUCUAUUUGCUACGGUUGGUUUGUGAGUUUCCUCAGUCUUGUUUUCCCCCGUUUAGAUCGAUGGAGAUGGAACGCGAUUCUUAUGUAUUAAAAUUUAACCUCGAUAAUGCGAACCUCUCCAAGUCGAAUGCAUCCGUAUUUCGAAAUUUUUUAAGCUUCUAUUUGAAUUCCCUGGGAAACAAUGCUAUAAAAAGCCUAACUCGAAGUUUUCCUCCUCAAACCUCCAUAAAUUGAAUUUUCCUCGAGGCUUUUGGCUAUUGUUCUAUUGACACACUGGAAGGGGAAAAGCGUAAAAAAAAGGAAAUUAAUGUGUUUCGAACGGAAGUGAUUCAGUGAAAUAUCAGUUUGGCGAACGAUCCCUUGCCUCCAAGUUUAGCAUCCUGUAAUCUCGGUUAAGAAGCAAUUUAACGCCUAGAAUAUUACCAAAUAAAAUUUCCUGUAAUUCUUUUCUUUCCCCCGACAAGAUGCUUGUUUCCCUGACUCGAAACCCAUGUAACUUACAUUUUUUGCUAGUCCCUUGUAAUUCCAUUUGAAGAGGUUUGACUUUAAUGCAUUUUCUGACUUCUGUUGCCAAUUAGCUUGUAAACAACAGUAAGUUUUGAAUCAUACUUACAUGAUUUAGCUGAGGUCGAAGUGCUGCAAAAUUUUUCAAUUUGAUAUCCUCUUAUUUCUUGUAUCAGUAUUGAACAAUGUUCUGGUGAGAAAAAGUUCUGAUAUGACCGAUUUAUUCAUCUGUUCAAGAUGCUCAAGGUAAUGUAUGCUCUGAAAUUUUCAUUUUCGAGUGAAAAGUUGUCAAAUUCGUGAAUUCAACUGUGGAGAAAAUCUGCAUUAAAAACUGGGACACCCAAAAAACAUUGGGUCUAAUUAUCUCACGAAAAGCCGUAU